AUGCGCGUCAUCAACCUCAUCCUCGUUGCUCUCAUGAGCAUCUUCGUCGACUCCGUCCUCGGCGCUGCUUGCUUCUCCGAAAAGGCCAGCGGAAGCUGCCUGACCAAGGCUCGUCUCGGAACCGCCAUCAACACCUAUUGCAAGAACAACUGGCGCCAGACCACCACCAACUGGCGUCCAUGGAAGGGUGCCAACGGCGCCAUGGGCCAGAUCGGUCAUCUCGGCGUGUUCAAGAGUGAAGCUGCCUGCCGUCGUCUCGGAAACCAUGUCGUUGACAAGUGCUAUGGCGGCCCCAAGGGUGGUGCUGCUGAGAAGGCCGGAGCUGCUAUCAACAUCAUCUGGUGCCCCUUUUCGUCUCAGUAG